CAUCCCCUUCCCGGAGAAGAGAGACAAUCUCUCUCCUCUUCUCAAAGAGAAAAAAUAAAAGAAAGUUAAUAGUCAGUCCCCCCAUGUUACCUUUGCUCCCAUCACUCUGGUAUUAAUCCCCUCCAUUCAUCUCUUUCAUAUCUCUCCAUAUCUCUCUCCAUAUCUCUCUCCACAUCUCUCCAACAUUUCACCCAAAUAUGGAUAUCUACGGUCUAUUGCCGGCGCCGGAAUCUUUCCCCAUAGACGACCUUCUCGAUUUCACAAAUGCAGACCUCUUCUCUUCCUCCACCACCACAACCGCCGGCGCCGGCACCGGCACCACCGAUACCCAUUUCACUCCCUCCUAUACCAAUAUCAAUCCAACCCAUAAAACCCAAUUCACAGAUUUCACCGACGACCUCUGCCUUCCGAAUGAUGAUGUAGCUGAAUUAGAAUGGCUAUCGAAUUUCGUAGAUGAUUCAUUUACAGAUUUUCCAAUUAACGAACAACAAUCAAAUAUGGGUAAUAAUUAUCAACAACCCAUUUCAACAUUCCAUAGCCGAUCUAGAACAAAGAGAUCAAGAGCAACUUCAACUAGUAAUGGAUGGGUAAUCUCAUCUGAACAUGAACUAUCCACCGGAAAAUCCAUCCCCUCGCCGGAGCAACAAGACUUGGCAAGGAGAUGUACUCAUUGUGCAUCGGAGAAGACACCUCAAUGGAGGACUGGACCACUUGGACCGAAGACUCUUUGUAAUGCUUGUGGUGUUAGGUAUAAAUCAGGUAGACUUGUGCCGGAGUAUAGACCGGCGGCGAGUCCUACUUUUGUUUUGACUCAACAUUCGAAUUCUCAUAGGAAGGUUAUGGAGUUGAGAAGACAGAAGGAGAUUGUUAAACAAGAACAGAAUGAACAGCAAUUGUUUCAUCAUCAUCAUUUUGAACAGUAUCAUCAUCAUCAUCAACAACAGAAGAAGCAGGGGCAAGAACAGGGGAGGUUGAAGAAUUUUGAAGUAUGUUGAUUUUGAUUAUUUGAAUUUAUGGGUUUGAUUUUUUAAGACGUAAUUGUUGUAGUUUUUAAUUGAGAAUUGGUUUUA